AUGACGAAUAACACUGGUGAUAACUGCCCCCAGGCUGAUGAAGCCGCCCCCUUGAGGAUUAGUCUCUCGAUGCCCCCUGCUUUCGACGGUAUCUCCGGCAGCUUUAAGGAUUGGCUAAGACGUUAUGAACAAUGUGCCCUUGCCGCCGGAUGGUCCACUCAACAGCAGGCAGAACGCCUUGGUCUGUACUUGAAGGAACCCUUUCUAUCUGGUUGGGACGCUUAUGCUAAGAAGGUGAACUUCGAGGAAGACAAGAAGUCCCUCCUGAAGAUAUUUGAUCAUGUCCGUCCCCACCAAGCACUGAAACAGUUCCAAGAGCUACGCUGGUCCAAAGGUCAGCACCCUGCCCUCUAUGCUGCAGCUCUACAACGACACCUCAACCGGUACUAUACCAAGGAGAAGUUCCCUGAGCUCUCUGAAGCGGACAGGACUAAGAACAUGGAGGAGAUGAUCAUUGAUCGACUGAAAGCAGAUCUACCCCCCAUGGUCCGGUUCCAGCUCCUCUUGAAAGAGCCUAAGAACCUCAAGGAGGCCUGUAUAAUGUGUGACAGCGUUCUUGCCCUUGACGACGCUAACUCCAACACCAUGGUCGAGACACCGGCUAAGGUUGCCACAGCCGCUGGUGUUUUCGGUAGCCAACCGGCCGAUGACUCUACGGAUGCGCUCACGAAAGCUGAUGCCAAGCGUAUCGAACAGAAGCUCGACAGGAUUUUGGGUGGUAUGAGACGCAAGAGUGGCGAUCCUAAGCAACAGCCAGAUACUAAUGUCACCUCUACCGUGGCCCUUACUCGGCCUAGGAACUGUGGUAUCUGCAAGGCCCAGGAUCAUCCGACCUACUCCUGCCCCAACAAGAAGUUCUCGGAAGGUUGCUACUGGUGCGGCAAGACUGGUCACUUGGCUAGAGAUUGUUACCAGAACCCGAAUAAGGUGAUCCGUAAUACGGCCUCUAAGCCCCCUGGAGGUUCCCCCUUACCGCUGGGAAACCCCCAAGGCGGUCGAUAA